GCUGCGUUUGAUAAUUUUAAAAAAUAGUAGUACGAGAAGAAGAAGAAGAAGAAGAAGAAGAAGAAGAAUGCAUGGGGAGAAUAGCAUGAAUAAUCCAACAACGUAUGGAUCGAGGACGGAAUCUGCGCAUCAUCGACUCUACGAUUUCGCCAAGACUGCCCUCAUCAAGAUCUUCGUCUCACCUUAUGCCACUGUUUGUGAUUUGUAUUGCGGUGGGGGCAUCGACACCGACAAGUGGGACGAAGCCCAGAUUGGCCACUACAUCGGAAUUGAUGCUUCAUCUUCUGGCAUUAGCGAAGCCCGAGAGAUGUGGGAGAGUCAGAGAAAGCCUUACACUGCCGACUUCUGCGAGCUCGAUCCUUGCGUGGAAAAUUUAGAAUCACAUUUGCAGGAUAAGGGAAUCCCAGCAGAUAUUGUUUGCUGUUUGCAGCAUUUGCAGUUGUGUUUUGAAACUGAGGAGAGAGCAAGGAGCCUUCUCCAUAACGUGUCAUCUCUGCUAAAACCGGGGGGAUAUUUCCUCGGUAUCACUCCUGACUCAUCAACCAUAUGGACGAAGUACCAAAAGAAUGUUGAAGCAUCACACAAUAAAGGAGGUGGCAUGAAGCCGAACUCAGUUCCAAAUUGCAUAAGAUCAGAGAGCUAUGUCAUUACUUUUGAAGUUGAGGAAGAGAAAUUCCCAUUGUUUGGAAAGAAGUAUCAGCUGAAAUUCACUAAUGAUAUUGCUUCUGAAGUUCAUUGCUUGGUUCACUUUCCAAGCUUGAUCAGGUUGGCCAGAGAAGUUGGUCUGGAAUAUGUGGAGAUCCAGAACUUAACUGAAUUUUAUGAUGAUAACAGGGCACAGUUUGCAGGCUUGCUCCACAGUUAUGGCGCAAAUUUUGUGGAUCCCAGAGGAAAACUUCUCGCUCGAUCCUUUGACGUUCUAGGUUUAUAUACAACAUUUAUAUUUCAAAAGCCAGACCCCAAUGUUGAGCCCCCAAUAAUGACUCCUAGAUUGCAGGAUGGAAGUCACAUGCAUGAAGAGCGGGAGCGGCAAGGAAGCAGCCGGAGGCAUCAGACAUCAACAGAUGAAGAGAAAAAUGGGCAUGUGGAGGCAUCCAUCAGUGGUGUCAAUGGAAUGCUUGGCGAGCACAAUAAAGGAAUUCUAGGACCUGGACCCGCUGACCAAAGAUUAGAUUUCUUCUAAAAUGAGAUUGCAGAUACAUCAUCUGCACAGUGUUCACACUUCAAUUCCAAGUUUCUGGUGUGGGUCAAGUCACCCAUUUGAAGUGUUCGGCACUGAAGUUUACAGCAGCUCGUAAUGUAAUCUAAAGCAUAUCUUGUAAGCUUUUCAAUUGCCAAAAAUCCGAGAUAUUGCAUCAAGCUGUAGUCAUUGGAGUAACAGGCAUCUUUAGUUGGAAAAAAGAAAAAAGAAAAAGAGAGGUUAGAAAUGAGGGAGGUUAAUCAGGCUCUACUCUUGGAGACUUUACUGAUUUGUAUCUCAUCAGCAGUUAUCCUUUUGGUUU